GAAUUUUACGGUAUUUACAUACAAAGACACACAGAAAACAACAAGGGUUUGGAAGAUGAUGCCUGUUAUUAGCAAAAUGUACUGUUCAUCUUCUCAGAAGGUGCUUGGGGUCAGAAGAAGGCCACAUGUGGUGAAUGGAGGGGGAUUUGUAGUCACGGAUUGUAGUGCCCAAAGGGUUGUUUUCAAGGUUGAUGGCUGUGGAAUUCAUGGCACAAAGGAACAGUUGAUUCUAAGAGAUGGUGAAGGAGAUGCUUUACUUCUCAUGCGUCGAAAGGGAGGCAUGGUUGAGGCCCUUAGCAUUUACAAGAAGUGGAAAGGAUAUAGCAUGAACUAUGAAGGAUCACAGACCCUGGUUUUCAGCUUGAAAGAACCGAAUUCUUGUUUUGUCAGGAACAAUGGGAUUAGAAUCUCCAUUGAGCCUAGAGGUUCAAGUAACAAAGGCUGGGACUUUGAGAUCAGGGGUUACUUCCCUGAUAGGAAUUGUAGCAUUGUUGACAUUAGGGGCAACGUUAUUGCCCAGGUUGGGGUGAAUAAAGAAGUGGAGAAAUUGAUGGAAACCAAGGAUCUGUACAAUGUGGUCGUGAAACCUGGGAUGGAUCAAGCCUUUGUUUUUGGAGUCAUCGCAGUUCUUGACUACAUUUAUGGAGAAUCCACCUACUGCUAAGUCUGAAAUUCUGCAGAAGAUGCUAUGCUUGCUGAAUUAUUAUUAUUAUUAUUAUUGUUAUUAUUAUUGUUAUUAUUAUUGCAGAAAACCAAUCAUGGUUUUAUUUUCUUAUCAUAAAUAUGCAUAUAUGAAAGCAGAAAUCAGCAGCCAUUACCAACUACUAUUGGAAAAUACCUUGUAUAUUGUGGAAAGGAAAUUGGAUACUUUAAGGUAGUGAUUAUUUUGUUUCCUUAAUUGGCGUACUUGUUUGACAAUGAUGGAUAUGUUAAAGUUAAUUAUUUAGUAAUUGUUCC